GUUCAUUUUCCACAGCUGGUGAUGGCGGAUGUUGUUGAUAAAGACACCAUGAAGAAUUACCACAUAGCUUCUGAGAGAAUUAACCCAGAGGCCAGUCGCUAUCCUUACUGUGUUGUGUGGACACCUAUCCCCGUGUUGUCAUGGCUAUUUCCAAUCAUUGGCCACAUGGGAAUCUGCACUUCCAACGGUGUCAUCCGGGACUUUGCUGGACCUUACUUUGUCUCAGAAGACAACAUGGCUUUUGGAAGACCGACAAAGUACUGGAUGCUUGACGUUAGCAAAGUCUACGCUAGCGGCUCCAAUGCCUGGGACACGGCGGUGCACGAUGCAUCAGAGGAGUAUAAGCACAGGAUGCACAACCUCUGCUGUGACAACUGUCACUCGCACGUCGCCAUGGCUCUGAAUCUGAUGCGAUAUGAAAACAGCACGUCGUGGAACAUGGUCAACCUCUGCCUCCUCGCUCUGAUCCACGGGAAACAUGUCAGCUGCGCAGGCUUUCUGAAGACCUGGCUGCCCUUCGUGAUGCUGAUGGGCAUCAUCUUCUCAGUGGCCCUCGCCUUCAACCUGCGGUGACCUGGGAGGAAGGUGAAGAACACCAGAACCCCUGCAGGUCCGAUGUGGGAUUGACCUUUUUACACAACAAGAGAAGGGGGGUGGGGGCGUCGCAUCGUCGAGGAGAGAAAAGACUCCUGUUUGAUUGUCCAACACGUGGAAACAACACGGGCUUGUGGAACGAGAGUGAACGCUCCGAGUUUAUUCAUCAGCACACAAACACUUCUGAUCACCGAGAGGUUCGAGCCGUCGCCACCUGCGAAGUUCAUGCCUUGCUUUCAGAUUUGAAUGAUUUUACUUUGUAAUGGAUCGGGAGUGUAAUCCCAUAAUUCACUGCUUCCCGGCGGCCAUCUUUUAUACCAACAUGUUAAAUGGAUUGGAGGCGUUCUCCAGUCUGCAUUUCAUGCUUGAGCCUAAAAAGCUAAACAGAGCCGUUUGUAUUUUUGUGCGUUUUCUUACUCGCAUCUUCUAAACAGAAAUAUUUUCUCAGAGAUUUGUUCUCAUGGUACGACUUUGAUAGGUUUACAGGGAAAUGCUUUCAUACCUUUUUACCAGCGAUGUAGCGACGACCCAGAGGCACGACGGAACAGUUCAGCUUCUGGUUUUCAGUGCCAAGCAGGAGAAUGUGACCAACUCAAACUGUGUCCUUGAAUGUCUCACGUGUUGUGCGGUGGAACGGCUCAUUAGAGGCUCCGCGGUGAUUGAACAGAAAGCCUGUUGAUGGAGUUACGAAACCUUUUGUUCAACCCGAGAGACGUUUGGUUUUUCAUUCCUCAUUUUUGACUUCAUGAGAAGAAGCAAGAGUCGGUGCCUCAAAGUGCCCCCUCUCACAGAUCCUUAAUGUGUUAUGUUUUCAUUUGUGUAGUUAUUUUUGCCACGUUAAUUCCACCAUGAUGCUUGGCACUCGAAAUCCGUUGCCAUGGCUGUCGUGAGUAGAUUUAAAUCCCCUCAUUGUUUGCAAUCAAACAGAAAAAAGUGUUGAGCCCUCUCUUUGUCCGCGGCGCUGCCAGAAGCAGCAGGUAGCCAGGAUCCUCAGGUUUUUCACACUCACCAACCCCUGCUGAAUUUCCCCAGUUUCCUCGCGCGCCUGACGAGCGUCGCUCCUGCUGUUCGCCACCUCUGCAGAUCACAUUCGAAGGUCAUUGUGAAAUGUCAGGGCUGUUUUCACGAAGCUUUGAUAUACACCGACCAACAUCCAACGUAGACGUCUUUUAGUUUUGAUCUUAUGACUUAAAAUCUGUUUUACUUUCUGCAUUAAGGGUUUAACGUCGUGCCCGUUUCACCGACUUCUCUUUGGGAUAUUCUGCGGCCUCUUUGUGUUUCACCCACGUUGCCUGUAAACAUUUGAUCACACGUUCUACUGUAAACCAGGUGCUCUUUAUAUACUUUGCAAACUUGAUCGCUCGCUCUGCAGGUUUACAUUUUAGUGUCAUUGUUUUCCAUCUCUGCUCAGCAGGGAAGCAGAUUUGUGCCUGAAUGAGUGCAGAUUGUGUGUGUGUGUGUGUGUGUGCGCACAUCGAUCAGAGAGAGCAUGUGAUCGCAUGCCGACGUGUGUGUGUUGAGAGAGAAGUUCCUGUUUGACACAUUACUGAUUCUUCUUGAUUAAUAAUCUGCCGACUGAUUGAUUUUUAUAGUUCUUUCUCAUCUUUCUCUUAAUCUGGUUCAAGUUUUAUAUAACUGUUGGCAAAGUGAAGCAAGAAUAAAUAAUACAUCAGACUGUAA